AGAGUUGGUUUUUCUUAGCUCGGAGGGAGCUGCCUUGCACAGAUUGGGGGUUUCUACAGUUUCUUAUUUUUUUAUUGUUUGUUUUUCCACAACGUGCUUAUAAACAUCCGAUAAUUUUCUUUAGAGUUUAUUCCAUACGACAACAACUUAGGGCAGUUUUUCGUUUUCAGCUCAUAUGUCAUUUGUAUUUAAGUUUGACGUUAUUCAGUUUCUCCUAAUUACAGAACGUCUGCAUGAAAAGUUUCAUGGGAAAGGAAAACGGUAGAGCGUUCUGGAUAAAUCGACGUAAUAGCAAGCAUCCCGUCGAUAUGUUGUUUUUACUAGAAAACCAGGUCAGUGUCAUUGUUUGGACAGACUCAUCCUCCUCAUCCUCCUCCGAACUGAUCCAGGCUGCUCUUCUCCCGUCCGUGCAGCUCGGUCUCACGGUUCUCUACACGGUUUUGUAUUCGCUGCUCUUCGUGUUUGUUUACCUGCAGCUCUGGUUGAUUCUGCACUACGGACACAAACGCUUCAGCUACCAGAGUGUUUUUCUCUUUCUAUGUUUGCUCUGGUCAGCUUUGAGGACGACUCUUUUCUCUUUCUACUUUAAAAAUGUUGUUCAAGCAAACCAGCUCCAGCCUUUGCUGUUCUGGCUCCUGUAUUGUUUUCCAGCCUGCCUCCAGUUCUUCACCCUCUGUCUGCUCAACCUUUAUUUUGCUCAGGUGAUUUUCAAAGCCAAAGCGAAAUAUUCCCCGGAACUCAACAAGUACAAGGUGCCCCUGCGUUUAGGAUUUCUGCUGGCUAGUGUUUUUUUCCUGGUGGUGAAUGUGACGUGUGCCAUGCUGGUUCAGGGAGAUGUGGAUGAGAGUCAGGUGAAGGAUGCCGUUCUGGCACGAGUGCUGGUUAACGACAGCCUCUUUGUGCUCUGUGCGAUCUCUCUCACCAUCUGCAUCUUCAAGAUCGCUAAGAUGUCUUCUGCUAAUGUCUAUCUCGAGUCAAAGGGGACAUCGGUAUGCCAGGCCACAGCCAUUGGGGCAGUAGUUAUCCUCCUCUACACCUCCAGAGCCUGUUACAACCUGGUUGUGGUGGCUCUUUCUCCUGAAGAUCGGCCCAGCUCGUUUAAUUAUGGCUGGUACAAUGUGUCUGACCAGGCGGAUGCAGAGAAGAUCAAUGGGGAAGCCUAUGUGGUCUUUGGGAUCAUCCUGUUCUUCUGGGAGUUGCUGCCCACCAGUCUGGUGGUGGUGUUCUUCAGAGUGCAGCGGGCCAAUCAGAACCUGACACCGGGUGGCAUGAUCAACAGUCACAGCUUUAGUUCCAGGGCGUAUUUCUUUGACAACCCACGCCGCUAUGAUAGUGAUGAUGAUCUGUCUAGAAACACAACUUCCCGAGGAGAAAGAUGCAGCAGUAUCCUGUCGUCCACACCGCAGACGGGCCCAAGUUGGUACGGCACGAUCCAGAGGAACGGCAGCCUGACGGCGAUCCCUCACCUGCUGAAUGGUCCCCAAACAUCAACCGCCCCUCUUCUCUUUGCAUACGGCAACAUUCAGACCAACCAACACCACAAUUACUAUUCCACCCCCCAAAACUACUACUCAACCUCCCAGACACACUACUCCACCCCUCAGAACUAAAGCAGAUCCUUCUGUGGAACGAUCUAAUCUAAGGUUUGGCUCAGCAAGGACAUGGAGCAAUGCCUUAUGGUCGUCUUCCCCCUCGGUCAAUUUAUCUGCCCACAUUGAUGCGGCAGGAAUUUAAAGGGACCAUAAGGUGAUGGGGUGGGGGGGUUCCGAUGUUCUCAUUUCUGAAAACCAUCCAUCCCAUCACCCAACAUUGGUGCAAUGAACUCCUCCGAGCCUUCAGCACGUGGACUCCCCUCUGUGAGUUGGGAUGUGCUUUUUGCACUUAUUGUGGAUCAGUAGGAGUAGUUGUAGUACGCUUUUUAUAUUCCAUCGUUUUGGAGAAAGAGCACGACCGCUUAGUCCAUCCGAGACGAUCAAGUGAAAGCAUUCUGGAUCUGUCAGUACGAGGAUCCAGUGUGCACUGAUGUUAACAUGUGACUCUUUCUUGAAUUCCUUUAUUACGUUGCCAAAGAGUUCGUGCUUAAAUCCAAGGUAGUACAUUUCCAGGCUUCCCAAAAGACGAAAGACACCCGAUUCAUACAGUCCCAGAACCGCCGACUGAGAUAGUGUGACAAGGAAGACUAACUACUCACAUUCUUUAAUAUUUUGGUAAUUGGCUUUUGAAGGACAUUUUGGGCUUAUAUCAGUAGUCAAAAUCUGAUGUAUCAUUCUCCAGUGAUGCCUGAAAUGGUGCCAUCGUAUGAUUUUCCUAGCCAAAAACAUGUCAUACAGAAUUAAUGUUUGUAUUGAAGAUGUUUCCAACGCUUUAUAUCAUCAUUCCUCUAUAUUGGUAUUUCAGAGUGAUUGGUCAGCAAUCGAUGUCCCAUAUCCAGCUUAAAAGAACCGGCCCUUUCCAUUUCCCUAUAAAAAGUUUAUUUUUUAAUCACCUAAUUUGCUGUUCAUGAGCUGUGUACAAGAUAGCAACAAUCAUUUGGCUGAAGCAAUCAUUAGUUACGGUGUAAAUAUUAUAUUUGGGCAGCUGUGGGACUGAAACUCCAUAUGCACCUGCUCUGUUAUUGGAUUUAUUUUUAAAAUGGGUUUUAAAUUGCAUCUUGCAGGGUUUUGUGUAUGCUGUAUGAAAAAAAAAAAGCGGAUGAUUUUAAUUGAUUUGGAAAUUUUAAGUCAUCUUCGUGUCUUAUAUCCUUGCUUUCUGCCAGCUAAUGUGUAGCAAAGCUUUUCAGUUAUGAGAGAUCUUGAGCGUUAAUUGAUGGAAAUGUUAUGCAUUUGAUCGAAUGCUGAUUGAAACCACAGACGGGAUGGGACUGUGUAUGGAUUGGUUGGUUUGUUUUAUUUUUUAUCUUUAUUAAUUUAUAAAUGUCAGUCUGGUCAGAAAAAUGUUACUGUGAAAUGUAUCAUAUCAGCUCUUGAAUCUCGCAAAAGAGCAAAGCCUUUGUUUUUUGUUUGAGGCCAAUGAAUGUAACUCGUUUAGCCAUGUUCAUAGUUCAUUAAUGAUGUACACAAGCACUACCAUAAAAUAAUAAAGUUUUAUUGCACUGUUUUAAAAACAA